AUGCGUUAUCUAUUGCUGAUUGUGUUGUGUAUAUUGCUACUGAAUGGUAGUUGCAACUCCAUUGCAUUCCGUCGUUUAGCAGACGAUGGUGAAUCUAGUUGCAUAAACGGAGAUUACAAUAAUGGAACGUGUAUUUGUGACGAGAAUUUCGUUGGCGAGCAUUGUGAUGUGGAAUGUCCUUUAUCGACGGAUGGAGAUCCAUGCAAUAAUCACGGCAAAUGCGUUUUAGACUCCGAUGGCACUUCCGCAAGUUGUACGUGCGAUAAGGGGCAUUACGGCCCUGCUUGCGAGCAUUCCUGUCCUGGACUUGAAGAAACGGGUGAUUCUGUACUGGAGUGUUCUGGUCAUGGAACUUGCAACAAAGAGACGUUCGAGUGUACACGCGAAGAAGGCGUAAAGGACCAGGAGACGUGCUCCAUGGAGGAAUGCUCCGAGAGUACCUGCAUCCACGGCACCUGCGUGGACGGUGUCUGCCAAUGCAAUCCCAACUACUACGGAACGACCUGCGAAACGUUCUGCGACAUGCACACCACCUGCCACGACCACGGCGUCUGCAGUGAAAAGGACGGCGAGUGCAUCUGCGUGUACGGCUGGGUGAACCCCGCCUGCGACAGCCCCUGCACGGCGUCGGCGAACUGCUCCGACCACGGCGUUUGCGACAGCUUCGGCGAGUGCAUCUGCUACGACGGCUACGACGGCGAGUUCUGCGAGGCGCGGGACUUCGACUACUCCUUCCUGGUGGUUCUGCUUCUGCUCGGCAACGGCGUCGUCGCCUAUUUGUGGUACCGCUCGCGCGUUGGCCUGUCGGAUGCGCCUCACCGCUAG